ACUGUUGUCGGACGUGAACGGGCGCGCUUUACUGAAGGGAUCAAAACAAUCAAAACAAGUAAAGCGUACUGCCUUUUUAAUUAAUUAUAUUUUCAGCAUACUUUUGGUUGUACUUACCUCUUUGCCCUCAGAACCACAACACCAGCGGCAAGACUCACAGACAGGCAGCUACAUGCAGCGUAACGUUUUCAAGCUUAUGCUGCAGCGCUGACAACAUAAUGGCACACUGGAGCACGUUCGAAAAGGAGACAGAGAGAGAAGUAAAGAAGCUCAUAACAUCUAUCAGCGGAAUUGAAGAUGAGGAAAAUCAGAAUUUCCAGCUUGCGUUGAAGUUUGCAUGGUCAAAUUUUAAGUUUCAUCGGUAUUUGGAUGUCGACAGUCAUAAGGUUCAACGCAGUAUAAGUGGAAUCUAUGAGAAGCUCAUGGUCCACUCAGACCUGAGUAAAGCUGGAAGUUGGAUGAGACUGACUGAAGAGUUCCUGAACUCACCACUACCUAAUACUGAUGGAACAAAGACGGAUACACACUACAGCAUGCUGUCACUGCUGCUUUUCUUAUCGGGGUCACCAUCUAACACAAGCUUUACUGAGAGACCCAGGCUGAAGGAAGCCGAACCAGAGGACAACUUUGACUGGGCUAAAUAUCUGAUGGAGGGUGAGGAUACAGACAUUGGGCCAUACCCUGAUACCCCUGAGUGGUCUGAAGACGAGAGCGAGGAUGAUGGCAGUCAGCAGCCAAUCAGCAGGGAGGACUCUGGGAUUCAGUUGGAUAGAACCCCCCAGGAGGACCAGGAUGUCACCAGCAAGACAGUUCCAGUCACAUGGACAGUGGGUGAGCCAGAUGCCCGGGCCUGGCUUGAGCAGCAUAUCGUGACACCAUACUGGGUGGCUCAUGCUCCUCGUUUUUCUCACAGCUUGCAUUUACACUCCAACUUACUCAACGUUUGGGAUCAGCACUUGUAUAACACUGACCCACUGUAUCUGCCAGAAGAAAAGGCCUUUGUCACAGAAACCCAAGUAAUACGAGAGACAUUGUGGCUCCUCUCUGGUGUGAAGAAACACUUUAUAUUCCAGCAUCAUGAUGGAAAAGUGUCAGUGAGGACUAAUGUGGUGGUAACUCAUCUGACCGGUAACUGCCUGCGCUCUGUGUUGGAGCAUAUCGCUGUGUAUGGGCAGGCUGUGUUCAGGCUGCAGCGGUUCAUAGACGAGGUGACGGGGUACAGCUCGGAGCCCUGCCCACCAGGGUCCGGUUCCUCACACAGCUCCAGGAAGGGCUCAGAUCCUCCUUUCAGGACCUACCAGGCUUUUGUGUGGGCCCUUAACAAGUACUUUACCAGCUUCAAAGAAGAGCUGACGAGAAUUGAAAGAAAGAUCAUAUGCAAUGAUGAGACGGUGACACUGUCUGGAGUUCUGGAGCGACUCAGUCCUCACUUGGCUCAGAUCAAAAUGCUCCACAAAGUCUUUUGCACGGGAGUCGCUGAGGUUCCACCCGCCACCUCAAACGUUGUGCGGGCUUCUCAUUUGCUCAACACUCUCUACAAGGCAAUCAUCGAGUAUGACAGUGUUGGAGAAGCAUCAGAGCAAGCGGUGGCUCUGCUUUUUUCUCUGUGGACAGAGACAGUCAGACCAUAUUUAGAGAUUGUGGAUGAGUGGAUUGUUCAUGGCCAUUUGUUUGACCCUGCCAAAGAAUUCAUCAUCCAAAGAAACAAGGACGUCCCAGUAAACCACAGAGACUUCUGGUACGCCACCUACACACUGUACAGCGUGUCGGAGACGGUGGAUAAUGAGGAGAAGCUGAACGAUGCAGCCAGCGGGAGCUCAGGAGGGGAGCAGGGUUCCAGCAACAGGCAGCUCACCAUGGUGUCCUUCCUCAAACCUGUCCUGAAGCAGAUCAUCAUGGCUGGGAAAUCCAUGCAGUUGCUUAGAAAUCUGGACUGUAAAGAGGCCGAGAAGUCAGAAAGAUCCUCCAGAGAUGCAGAGAGGAAGAGUUUGUACACACUGUUUCUGGAGUCAGUGCAGUCUCGUCUCUGCAGCCGAGAGGGAUCUCCGACGGAGACAGUGACUGAACAGCAGGCCACUAAGAGGAGUCUGAUAAAGAUGCAAUCCAUCAUGGCUCGCCACCUGGAGAUUGAUGACGUCCAUGAUCCGUUACUGGCCAUCAACUUUGCCAGGCUCUAUUUGGAGCAGAGUGACUUCCAUGAACGGUUCUCUGGAGGUGAUUUAAACGUGGACCGCUCAUCUCAGUCUGUCACCUGCCAGACGUUUGAGCUCACCCUGCGUUCCUGCCUCUACCCCCACAUCGAGAGAAGGUACAUCGAGUGCUGUGGGAACCUCAUGAUAACCCUGAAAAAGGACUACAAGCUGCUGGAAUACCUCCAGGCGAUGAGGAACUACUUCCUGCUGGAAGCUGGCGACACCAUGUACGACUUUUACACAGCCAUCUUUGACAAGGUGCAGGAGAGGGAGAGCUGGCAGCAGCCCUCUUUCCUUAAUGUGCAGCUGCAGGAGGCAGUUGGACAGCGCUACCCAGAGGACAGCAGCAGGUUGUCGGUCUUUUUGGAGACCAUCGACCCUGCCAGGAAAAAGCACCCUGUGAAUAAUUUAGAGGUUCUGACUCUGAGUUACAAGGUGCCCUGGCCUGUUGACAUUGUGAUCAGCUCCGAAUGUCAGAAAAUUUACAAUCAGGUGUUUCUUCUCCUGCUGCAGAUUAAAUGGGCCAAAUACAGUUUGGACACACUUCGAUUUAGUGAUUUUAAAGAUGUCACAAAGAAACUGGAAGGAGCUGCAGCUGAGGAAGUAAAACUGAAAGAGCCAAUAAACCAACAGAUGCACAGAAUGUGUCUGCUGCGAGUUAAGCUGAUGCAUUUUGUCAACAGCCUUCACAACUACAUCAUGACCAGAAUUUUGCACAGCACAGGACUGGAGUUUCAGCAUCAAGUAAAGGAAGCAAAAGACUUGGACCAGCUGAUCAAGAUCCAUUACCGAUAUUUGGCAACUAUUCAUGACCGCUGCCUGCUGAGGGAGAAGGUCAGUUUUGUGAAGGAGGCAAUAAUGAAGGUUCUGAAUUUAGUCCUCAUCUUCUCAGACCGAUGGCAAGCUGGAGCUUGGAAGAUCGAGUCUAUUGAUAAAAUGGAGUCAGAUUUCAAAAACUGCCACAUGUUCCUGGUGACUAUACUCAAUAAGGCCGUUUGUCGGGGCUCCUUUCCUCAUUUGGAGUCUCUGGCCCUCUCUCUGAUGGCAGGAUUUGAGCAGUGCUGAGCAAACCCCCCAUGUUUCAGUGUUUGAGCACUUUGGAAACGACUCCAUUGUUUUGUUCUGUGUCUCAUUUUAUGUUUUUUCUGCUGCCAUUGUUCUUGUUGACGUGUAAUUUAUGAUGUCACUGUAGCUCUGACUGUCGGAGAUGGACUCGGAGUUGGAGGAGUUAUUCAGAGAACAAGCUACUGGUGUACAUGCAUCUCCUUUUGUAUACUUUUUUUUUUUAUAGAGUGUCCUUAUAAUUAUUUUGUGUACAUAUAUAAGUUAUACAAAUGAAGCACAAAUAAAAUUGCACAUUGAUGUA